AAACAUAGCGUUCCUUCGUCUCCACAUCCCUCCUCAUCCUCUAGAUCUAUCUAUGUCCCUGCCUUCAUCUCCUUCUUUGGCGAGAGGCGGCAAAGUUGGCACCGAGGUUGUUCAAGCAUCGGUGGACCAAAAGAUGACAUCGAUGGACCAAAAGAUGACAUCGAUGAAGCAUCUCGUGCUCAACCUUUGCGACCCUACGCUACGCGAGAGAUCCCUCGCAGAGCUCUCUCAGAUGAGGGAGAUGUUUCCGGAUCUGGCUCCUUUGUUGUGGUACUCAUUCGGCACAGUUGCUGCGUUGGUCCAGGAGAUUCUUAGAAUCUACCCUGCACUUUCGCCUCCAACUUUAACGUCGGCUGCAUCAACCCAAGUCUGCAAUGUGCUUGCACUUUUUCAGUGCAUUGCAUCACUCCCUGAGACCAGAAGCCCUUUCAUAGAAGCUGAUAUUCCAUUGUACCUGUACCCAUUCUUGCGUACCGUCGACAAGGCCCAACCUUUUGAGCAGUUGCGGCUCGCCACUUUGGGUGUCAUUGGUGCUCUAGUAAAGGAUGAGAAUGCUGAAGCUGCUGAGUAUUUGCUCCAACGUGAAACCAUUCCUUUGUGCUUGAACAUCAUGGAGAUGGGCAAUGAGCCUUCAAAAACCGUGUCCACUUUCAUUCUCCUAAAGGUUCUGCUAACCAAAGUUGGUUUGGAGCAAUGUUGCGACACUCGCGGUCCUUUCUAUGCUAUUGCUUUUGCUUUACAAAAAAGGGUUGACUCACCAGAUGAACGGCCUUCGGCAAGGUUGCUGAAGUGCAUUAUCCGGUGUUACCUUAGGCUAUUUGAUCAUCGUAGGGGCCGUGCGGUGCUUAAAACAAAUCUCCCCAGCGUGAUACGAGAUGGGACAUUCAAUGGCUACCUCAUGGGGGAUCCUUCAGCACAAGAAUGUCUGCAGAAACUGUUGGCUGCCUUUCACGGCUGCAACGACAACGCCAUCGUGCCAUGAAUCGCACAACGCCGUUGCGGUUUCCAUUGAGACAAUGAAAAAAGUCUGUUGUGUUAAUAAGCCUUGGGCAAUCAUCGGUGUUUGGAACAUGUAGAGACUGUAAUAAAUUAUAGGGGAAGGAGGAAGCCCCUAUACAUGACGAUCCUUCUCUUCUGCCGUAUUUGCACGUUAAUUAAAUAAAUACUAGCUUCGUCAUUAUGGUUCCAUGUUGGGGAGGUUGUUGUGUUACCGUUGGAAUUAUGGAACGUCAAUCGAAUUGAGUUGUCAUGGAGAU